AUGUCACAAGUUAUUUCAACUGUAUCAAAACCUUAUGAUAUUGAUUUUAAAACAUUAAUAUCGGUUUUUGGAAUAGGCUUUUUAGGACAUUACUUGGUUAAAGCUUAUAGUAGAAAGAUAGUAAGAAAUCCAACAGUUUUUAGAUUUGGUAUAAAUUCAAAUGGUGGUGAAUUGGUUGCAAAUGUUUUAUUAAAACAAGGUGUCAGUUUUAUUUUCACAUUAACUGGUGGCCAUAUUGCUCCAAUUUUAAUUGAAUCAGAUAAAAUUGGUAUCAAAGUUAUUGAUGUAAGACAUGAAGCAACAACAGUAUUUGCAGCCGAUGGUGUUUUUAGAUUAACAGGUACUCCAGGUGUCGCAGUUGUAACAGCUGGCCCAGGUUUAACAAACACAAUUACAGCAGUAAAGAAUGCUCAAUUGGCUCAAUCAGGUGUAGUUUUAAUUGGUGGAGCAACUAGCGAUUUAUUAAAAGGUAGAGGAUCAUUACAAGAUAUUGAUCAAUUCGCAUUAUUAAAACCACAUGUUAAAUGGUAUGCACAUGUUGGUAAGGUAGCAGAUAUUGUUCCAGUUUUAGAAAGAGCAUUUUUAGAAGCUAAAUCAGGUACACCAGGUCCAGUUUUUAUUGAAAUGCCAAUUGAUACUCUUUAUCCACAACCAGUAGCAACUCAAUGGUACAUGAAAAAUCAAGAUAAAGCCAAAUCAUUAUCAGCCAAGGCCAUUAAUUUCUAUAUGAACUAUCAUUUAAAUAGAAUUUUCUCAACAGUCGAUUCAAAUGUUAUGAUUAACGAGAAAGAACCAAUAGUUCACAGAAUUGAAAAGUCUAUGACCAAAAGAUUACGUUUAGCUUUGAAAGCUUCAAAAAGACCAGUAUUAGUUGUAGGUUCACAAGCAACACUAAUCAACGAUAAAUUUAGUGUUGAGGCCCUUCAAAGAAGUGUUCAAGCAUUAGGUAUCCCAGUAUUUACAUCAUCAAUGUCACGUGGUUUAUUAGGCACAUCCCAUCAAAAUCUUUUUAAACAUUGUCGUUCUUAUGCCCUUCAAAAUGCUGAUCUUGUAAUUUUAGCAGGUGUUACAUGUGAUUUCCGUCUCAAUUAUGGUAAAUCAAUUAAUCGUAAUGCUACUAUUUUUUCAAUUAAUCGUAAUAAAACCGAUCUCUAUAAGAAUAGAACACCAGAGUAUCCAUAUCUUUGUGACCCAUCAACAUUUUUAGUACAAUUAAGACAACAAAUGGAAGAAAACAAAUUCGAAUCACCAAAUGCUUGGAGAACAUGGUUAGACGACCUUUCAUCACGUGACAUUAAUAGAAAUCUUGAAAUUGCAUCCAAAGCUAACCUUCCACCAAGCAAAGAGGGUUUCUUAAAUCCAUUAAAAGCAUUGCAAAUGUUUGAUGAAAAAUUACCACAUAAAACUAUUAUGGUAGCUGAUGGUGGUGAUUUCGUUGGUAGUGCCGCUUAUAUUGUUCGUCCAAGAGGUCCUUUAUCAUGGUUAGAUCCAGGUGUAUUUGGUACAUUGGGUUGUGGUGCUGGCUUUGCUUUGGCCGCUAAACUUUGCAGACCAGAUCACCAAGUUUGGGUAAUUUUUGGUGAUGGUAGUUUUGGUUAUUCUCUUCCAGAAAUUGAUACCUUUGUUAGACAUAAGCUUGCCAUUGGUUCCAUUAUUGGUAAUGAUGCUUGUUGGAUGCAAAUCAUGCGUGAACAAGUUGAUUCACUCCAUAGUGAAGUCGGCUGUAAUUUAUCCUACACAAAUUAUCAAGAUGCCUCUAUUGCAUUGGGCGGAAAGGGUUAUAAAGCAUCAAAUAUCGACGAAUUAAAACACGCUUUAGACGAAUCAAGUAAAAUUUUAGAUCAAAAUCAAGAACCAGUAGUAGUUAAUUGUAUCAUUGACCGUAAUGAUUUUAGAAAAGGAUCAAUUAGUGUAUAAAAAAAAGCAUUAUAGAUAACCAAAAAAAUAAAA